AUGAAGCUCCUAACCCUCAACUUCCUCACCUGCGCCAUCAAAGCCUGCAAAACGAACCCCGCAUCUUUCCCCCUGCACCCACGCGACGCCGAGCUCGAAAUCGUCGAAGCAGACGUAAACCUAGCGUUUCUGAAAAACAUUCUCCCCCGCAUUCUAUGGAAUGAAUUGAGGGUUAUAUGCAGUGAGCUUGGUCUCCCUGAACUCCCACCUACAGCACCCACACCCGCCGACCUCGUCGAACCUUCGUCGUCUUCCGCAUCCGCACUAGACACCACCGAUGCGACACCAGCCGCCGAUGCACAAGAGGAGCAGGAAGAAGAACCGAGCCAGACAGCAAAGGAUCUACACAGAAUACUGCUCGAGACAUGUAUAAAAGAAGGGAAGCUGGUCUGUGGAGCGUGCCAACACGAGUACGCGGUGAAAGAAGGUGUUGCGAAUUUCUUGUUGCCAGGGCAUUUGGUAUGA